GUUUAAGUGUGUUUCUAUGUGUACAUGUUUUGUGUCUGUGUGCCUAACUGUGCGGUCAAAACUAAUAUAAUACCAUAGUCUUAAUCUUUCACCUAAUAAUAAAAGAUUGUCUUUAUAUUAUUAUGCACAGAAAUGUUGAUGUUAUCUUAUUAAGUGUACUUGUCAAUGUCUAGUAGCCAUUCACAAACGAUUUUUCAAAUCGACUGUCUGAACGCGGCUGUGUAAAAAAAUGGCACCAAUUCUUACUAUUAGUAUUAACUAUCAUAUUGGAUUACUACUUUUGGUGAUAACGUUGUGAUAGUAUAAAAAUAUGGAAAUUUUUAAAAUUUUACAUUUUUCACUGGAUUAUUUGGAUUAAUUUGCUUGCUUUCUAAAUGUUUCAUCUGAAAUUAUCGUUAUACACAUUUAUGAAUUAGUUGUUACCAUGAGAAUUAUAAAAAAUGAUUCACCAAGAUAUGGAGAUGAACACGUUACGUCGUAUUAUUAUUGUAUGAUUGAAUUCCUCGGAUUUCUGUCGUGUAUUAUUCAGUUUCUACAUCAUCUCCGUUGGUCAUGUGACGCAUACAGUAUCCUACUCCUGUUUCAUGGCUUAGACGAUGAUAAACUCAGAGAUGGAAUAUGAGGCUCAAACUCUGAAAUUUCAAUUUUAACUGAUGACAAAGUGAAUAAAAUUCAAAAAUAAUUCGAGAUUAAAUUAAAUUAAAAGUUUCUAUUUAUAGAGAAAUAUCAGUUAUGUAGUGAUUUGUAGAUUACAUUUUGAAACUGUUAUUACAUCAAAUCAAUCUACCAAAUGGAGAAUGAAAAAUCCAGUUUCAGCAGAUCGUCAAAUUCAACACUAACAAAACAAAGUCGAAUAAACAGUAAACGUAGUCAGCUGAGGAAUUUAACGCAUAGAAUGACUCCACGAACAAUUAAUAGAUCAGAGGAUAUGAGAUAUGAACAGAAAUCAAUAAAUCCAGAAGACUGUUCAACUGCUCGUGUAAAUACUCGAUUGUUUAAUGCACGUAAACAAUUCUCUAAAACCUCUGUACCGACAAUAUCGUUUGAUGACCAGAGUUCGCCUACAACUAGUCCUCAGUCAUCACGUUCAACAUUUAGUCAUAAUGUGAUGCAUAAAACUGACUCCGUAGAUUCUAGGACAUCAAUGCCUGUAUCACCAAGUGAAUCGAGUUAUUCACCAAAUUUUGAAAAGAAUUUAGCACAUGUUACUACAACUAUGCGAGCAUUAUCAACCUCUCCGCGUAAAGGCUCACCUAACGCUUUAAUACCUCCAUAUAAUAGAACUUUGCAUCCAUUAACCUUUUCAUAUGAUUCCAUAAGCCCUGAGUAUCCUGUAGAUAAAUCAAGCACAGUUUCUCCGACUACUAAAACUACAAGUGAUAAAUUGUCAUCUGAAGCGUAUACUCCAUACAAACACAACCAUAAAGGUUCAUUGAGUCCUAAACCUUAUCUAAUAAGAAGUGGUAAUGUAAUUGGCAGAGAUUUCAUGCCAAGUACAUUACCAUCGAUAUCCCCUACAACCACAACAAUGGAAGAUAAUACACUGUUAAGUUUAGUUCAUCAAAGAUCAACAGAGUCACAUGAUUCCUCGAUAAGUAUGCCUAGUGUAACUAGUUCCGGUGGUAGCCCAUAUACUUCAGGUGGAUCUCAGUUACUUAGAUCACAUAAAAAAGAAGAUAAACUAUACAGAAGUGCUGAAGUGAAUUUCAGUAUGGAUGAACAGGGGAUGAAACAACCUGAACAACAUAUUGUAAGAAGAUCAAGUUAUGAAAUGGCUACCGGAAAAAUAGAGAUUCCUAUGAAAAAGUCGAAGAAGAAGUCAUGGAAGGAAGCACUGUGUUCCUUAAAGGCCAAAAAAGACUUACUGUUCAAGAAAAGAAUGAAACAAACUGAUGAAAACAGUAAGUUAAUAGUAUUUUGUUAA